CUAUUGUGUGCUUAGUUUCAUAAAUAAAAGAAUCCUUACCAAAAGGUCAAGGCUUCAUAAUGCAAAACUUUAUUCCAGUGUUAGAGCUAACUGGGAAAGACGGAUUUGUUACAAAUAAUCAAAGCCUUCACAAAUGGUAAAACUUUAGUGCAGAACCAGUUCCGUUACUUUGUGCCACUCAAAGAAAUGCACUGCUUUUUGCUUUAAUUGUUUACAGCUUUUACACCAUUCUUUAGCUCUGCCCAAAUGCUUUGUGUAAUGUGUGUUCGUGUGCUUUGCUUUGCUUUUUUCUCUCCUUCCACCUUCUUCUCCCUCCAGAAGUCUGCUACUAAAUAUUAAGCUGAUGUGCUUCCUCCCUUAUAGGCAGGUAGGCUCACAUCCAGCUGCACAAACUAAAACGCUGUAUUUUCUGCUAUUAGCCAUGCUACGACUUCCAGGCUCCUGGUUUGCCUGGAAGGUUAUUUCUUUGUGAAAGACAGGGAACACGACAUUUGCAUUCCCUAACGUUAUCUGGACCAGAUUUCUUUUUCCCCUCGCAUUAGCGGAAGAUCCUGAGUGAUUCCACUGAAGUCAUUUGAGCCCACUCCAAAUUUACACCGCUGUCGCUGAACUCUGCUUCUGCCACCUCUGUUAGAAACUUGCUUUGAUGCCAGAGAUAAGCUGAAUCCCGAGUAUGUUCAUUGGCUUAGGGGGGAAUAAAGCAGAGGAUUUGAACUCUCUUCAUACGGCCUUGCAGGCUUGGGAGAGAGUGAAGUCAUUCAGAAACUUUUCCUUGAAGUGCUUCCAACAGUAGCGUUUCCUUGGCCCAAUACUGGGGGCAAGCUGAUUUAAAAAAUGGCAAUUAAGGAAAGGGUGAGGAGAGGCUCUGCAGAGGGGAUGUGAUGUGAGCUCCAUGCUGGAUUUGGCUGCAGGAUCUGGAUGGGAAGGGGGGUGUCUGCUCAUUCUGUCACUUGCUGAAUGGAGGCACAGGCAGUGAUGUCAGAGUGAGCUCAUAUGCUUGACAGCAAUCCACCGCCCAAGCCCUGUCUUUCUCCUGCUGAACUUUUUGUGGGUUUUAAGGGUUUUUUUUGCUCUGAAGAGGUGUUCAAUUUUCAAAGGUUGAGUUGUUUGGAGAAACUGUAUAUAGCUCCGUGUUUGAAACGCUGCUUGAGCGGUGACUAAUCUGCAAGCAUGAGGUGGAAUUGCUUCAUCUGCCCCACUCAGACGCAUGGAGAAACCGAGGCACAAAGAGUAAACGAUGCGAGUGCAGGGGCAAGCAGGCUGUGGGCCUCUGAAAUGAGGGGAGGACGGAUAGGAGACAACGUUUGUAGCUGGAAUAGGAUUAAAGCCCGAGAAUUGUUGAUUCCAAAUUCCAGGUUCCUUCCUCAAAACUGCCAUAUGCUCCACCAGCUGAAAAAGCUUAAUAUCGGCAGGCAGCGAUAGCGCAGCAAUAAUGCAGCUCCUCUAAGCCAGUGUUUAGAUCUAUUGUAUGACUUAUGCUGUGAAAAUUAAUGCAGCUUCAUUUGCCAUUCCCCCUCCCCAUUUCCCUCUGUACUACAGUAACGGACCAAAGCUUCCAUUUUCCCCCUUAAUUUUUAAUAAAAGUUGCUCUUUUGUGCACACGUGCCAGUCAAGACACUGGCAUUAAUGUGACAAAUAACAGAGCUGAGCCUGUAACAGUGUGUGAAACGUUCAGGGUUUUGGUUUUUGUUUUUCACCACUUACCCUCUGUGUUCGAGAGUUUAUUCAUACACAGACACUACAUAAUUUAUGUUUGAGAACCAAAUUAUUCGAGUGCAGUUGUUCCCUAUAAGCUAUCCUUGAGUCCUAUCUCAGUAUCUUUUAUAGAGUGGGUUCCUUUUUGCAUUUGACCCUGUUCCUGCUUCUAACUUUUAAAUGGCAAAAGCAAAUGUGCUUUGAAAAGUGUGUUACACUGUAGUUGUUAAAUAAAGCAAUAACCUAUGCACUUGUAAUGCUUUCUCUAUGACCUACUUACAUACUACUUCACCCUCCUUAUAGUAUGAUUAAAAGCUGCUUUGAAUCCACUAUUCCCUCAAGGGAUUUGAGGCUAGAAUUUAACAAACUGCUGAGAAGGCUUAAGUCAGUAAGAGGGCUUCCCUACAGCUUCUUCCAGCUAAUUCACAUGUAAUUAAAAGGAAAAUAAAUAUUUCAAAAGAACAUACGUUUUAAUGAAGCAUUUUUAAGCACUUACACCUUGUGAAAUGGGGCAAAUUUAUAAAGAUCUCACUAUUCCAUAUGCAGAUUUUAAGCAAAAUUAUUUGUGAUCCUCUCCUUCCCCCCCCUUUGCAUCCUGUGCAAAAGAGUGGAUUUACCAGGCAGCAGCAGUGGGGCUGUAGUCCUUAAAAGCGAAGGGGCUUGGGACUCAAGACCCUUAGAUUUAGGACGUACCAAGUAAAAAGAUGAUGAAGAGGCGCAGAUCCAGCCGCACAGGGCGCAGGGGGCGUGGAGACUUCUUACUUUAAAGAAUAUCUUCAUCCUCCCUGAGCUGUCUGUAUUUCUCCCGAGCUAAAACCUGCCCCUUCUGCAGUGGCAAGAUUUUGAAAUUGAAAGUUAAUCCAACUCUGCUCUGGGCUGGAUUAACCACCAUGGAGGCCUCAGAUCAAAACCCAGGUGGCUGCAUCCAGCUGGAGAAAGUUGUGUUGGCUUCUCCUUUUAUUUCGACUUGGCACUGAUUUUUGUUCUGUCCGCUGUAUAGUCCUGUGCUGUGCUGGAUGGGCGGUGUGGAGGAAGAGCCAUUAAUUUAGGAAUGAAGAGCCAUAGCUUCGCUUUGUGCCUUUCUACAGAGAAGUUUAGGUGCCAUGGUGACGAGGACAGUAUGCCAACAUAUAGAACAGAACAGAUUAAUAACACUAUGGAUAUCUGUUUAGGAUUGCAGCUGUCCUACGGGGAUUAUGCUGAGGGCCAAGUGAACCUUUUCUUUCUUUAGACUUGCAAAGUAGGCAAAAAUUUUAGCAGCCUGAGGGGUUUUUAUCUUCCCUUUAACUGUUUAAAGUGGAAAAGUGCAAUAAACCGGACUCUGACAAUUUGCCUGGUCUGUAUUUUUAUUAUUAAAUCAACGCUGGUCAGAAUUUAAACAAAACUUGGUCUGACUGCUGGCAUGUUUAUUUAUUUAUUGGUUGGUUUGGUUUAAUUCUAGAGUAAUCUUUGAAAAGUUGAAGCACAGCAGUUUUUAAUUCGCGUUUGUUACUUUUUUGCAAGUGUUGACUAUCGAGAACAAAUCAAAUUAUAAAUCCUGGACAGCGAUUCGGAAGGAGAAGCGCACACAAUGCAGAGAAGCAUUUUGUCUGUCUAGACUGCUCAGAUCAGCCAGUAAUCUUCGUAAAUAUGUUAAUAUUCUUUUGCCUGGAGCUGCUUUUGUAUUGAAGCAAGAAAGGUUUGGAGACGCAAAGGAAAAUUGAUACAGAUUUUCAGGGGGCGGUAGCGUGGGGAGGGUGGCUCCAGCUAUUUGUAUGUGUGGAAUUCUGUGUGCGCCUGGAUGGUGUCACUUGUGUGCGCUGGCUGCGGCCAGCUCCGGGUGCAGCGGGCUUGGGAGCGGGCUUUUGGCCGGCUAAAGAAGCAUGAGGCAGGAUUUAUCGUCGUUACUUAUUUACAACCCCUAUUUCUGAUCAGUGAGGACAGAGUUACUACUAACAGUCUCCCGCGAGCCAGCCACAUCACUUUGGGUGUUUAAACGGGUGCCGGGGGCUGAGUAGCAGGGAUGUGGGUAGAGUGCACCCUGCCUCAGUGCUCCCAGUUCGGCGCUGACCGCUGCGCCUUCUUACCGCGGUGGUAGCAAAACCAGCGCAAACCCCUCGCGUGUGCUCGUAGGAACUCAAGCCGCGUGUUUUCCGCCGCUGCUUUCCCGUUCACUCCGCGGGGGAAAAGCUCCCCUCCGCGUACCCUCCGCGGUCCCCCCUCCAGCCGAGAGGCCGCAAAGUUUGUCCGGGCGCUACCCGCGGGCGAGACAGCUCCGAACCGGGCUGCGCGUCCCCAUGUGUCUUCGUGUCGUCCCGUCCCCACGGUGUCGGUUCUAGGCCUCUCCCCGGGGGCGCAGGGGUUAACGGGGAGCCGCAGCGGGGCGAUGGCUCCGCCUCCCCGCUCAGCACCUGGCGCUCCACCGACGGUUGCCUCAGCAGUCGAUUUCGGAGGGGAUUGGCGGAAAAAAAAGCCACCAAGAGAGGGGGAAGAGAGAUGUGACAACUGCCGGGGCUGGCGGCUGCCGCGGGGAGGCCUCCGCACCUGUGCCUGCCUCUCCGCCGCCCGGCGCAGUUGUGGGAGCCGCCGAGCCCCGCCGCAUCCUCCCUCCGCACCGCCGCGGCGCGCCCGGAGCACAGCAUGACUUCUUCGUUCAAGCUGGAUUUCCUUCCGGAGAUGAUGGUCGACGGGCGCUUGCUGGUGUCUGACAGAAUUAACGGCACAGCUAACAAGAUGAAUGGAGCUUUGGAUCAUUCAGACCAACCAGACCCAGAUGCCAUUAAGAUGUUUGUUGGACAGAUUCCCCGUUCAUGGUCGGAAAAAGAGUUAAAAGAACUUUUUGAGCCUUAUGGAGCUGUCUACCAGAUUAAUGUUCUCCGAGACAGAAGUCAGAACCCUCCCCAAAGUAAAGGUUGUUGUUUCGUAACAUUUUAUACAAGAAAAGCUGCUCUUGAGGCACAGAAUGCACUGCACAAUAUUAAAACUUUACCUGGGAUGCAUCAUCCUAUUCAGAUGAAACCUGCAGAUAGUGAAAAGUCAAAUGCUGUGGAAGACAGAAAAUUGUUCAUAGGAAUGGUUUCGAAGAAGUGUAAUGAGAAUGAUAUCAGGGUGAUGUUUUCUCCGUUCGGCCAGAUAGAAGAAUGCCGAAUCCUUCGGGGACCGGAUGGGCUGAGCAGAGGCUGUGCGUUUGUCACAUUUUCUACAAGGGCAAUGGCACAGAAUGCAAUCAAAGCCAUGCACCAGUCUCAGACCAUGGAGGGCUGCUCUUCGCCAAUCGUGGUGAAGUUUGCUGAUACCCAAAAGGACAAGGAGCAGAGGCGUUUGCAGCAGCAGUUGGCACAGCAGAUGCAACAGCUCAAUACUGCCACUUGGGGAAACCUCACAGGUCUUGGAGGACUCACACCACAGUAUCUAGCUCUUCUGCAGCAGGCAACUUCCUCCAGUAACUUGGGUGCCUUCAGCGGCAUUCAGCAAAUGGCCGGCAUGAACGCUUUACAAUUACAGAAUUUGGCAACUUUAGCAGCUGCAGCAGCCGCCGCCCAAACCUCAGCUACCACCACCAAUGCAAAUCCUCUGUCCACAACGACCGGUGCUCUGGGAGCCCUCACAAGUCCCGUGGCUGCAUCAACUGCUAAUUCCACAGCUGGUGCGGCCAUGAAUUCUUUGACUUCUCUGGGUACUCUCCAAGGAUUGGCUGGAGCCACUGUUGGACUGAAUAAUAUUAAUGCACUAGCAGGUACCGUAAACAUUGCUCAAAUGCUCUCAGGUAUGGCGGCCCUGAACGGAGGACUCGGCGCAACAGGCUUGACGAACGGUACGGCCGGCACGAUGGACGCACUCACCCAGGCCUACUCAGGAAUCCAACAGUACGCGGCUGCCGCGCUGCCCACCUUGUACAGCCAGAGCUUGUUGCAGCAGCAAAGUGCUGCGGGCAGCCAGAAGGAAGGUCCAGAAGGGGCAAACCUCUUUAUUUACCACCUCCCCCAGGAGUUUGGAGACCAGGACAUUCUGCAGAUGUUCAUGCCUUUUGGAAAUGUUAUCUCUGCUAAAGUCUUCAUUGACAAACAGACCAAUCUGAGCAAGUGCUUUGGUUUUGUUAGCUAUGACAAUCCAGUCUCUGCACAAGCUGCUAUCCAGGCUAUGAACGGCUUUCAGAUUGGCAUGAAACGCUUGAAGGUUCAGCUGAAACGCUCCAAAAAUGACAGCAAACCUUACUGAUCUUAACCCCAGAUGCUUACUGCUCUUAUUUUAGCUUUCUUAGGGUAAGUCCCAUGAGCAAACCUGUCCUCUGCAGGGGAUUAAGAAAGAACAUAGAGCCAACCUUCACCAAGAGACAGUUAUUUUUACAGUUACCACUUCCAUUUCCCCACUUGUCCUUAUUACACUUGGCUCCCAUUUCCUUGCCAAGUAUUUACUGAGUUGUGUUACUGUAUUUUGUUUUGCAGCAUAAUUUAUCUCCUUUUCAAAAGAAAAAUAAACGUCUUGAAAUUCAAAGCAACACACACACACACACAAAAAAAAAAAAUGUGCAAUUUAACUCUGUGAACCCUGGUGCCAUUAGCACACAAUAAAAGUUGUUUUCUAUGGGUGGAUCGUAUUUUGCCAGGGUGGCACCAGCAGUUUAUAGGUUAAACAAAAUGGCCUCAUGCCAGUUGAAGCACUUAUUUUGCAACAAGAAUCGAAACAAGUCUUUCCACUACAUCAACUUGUUUUUUGAGAAGAUUUGAUUAUUUCUUUCUUUGGGUUCAAAUCAACGUAUUGUUCUAUAUUAGUCUGAUUUUACACUGGUCGUCUUUAUAUUUCACUUUUUUUUAAGUUGGGUUUUUCUUUGGAAAGGAUUAAUGUAAAAAAGAUUUAGAGAUCUGUUUCUAAAGCUACAGGGUUUAAAAUAAAAAAAAAAAAUAAAAUGAGUGACAAUACUUGAUGUUUCUUGAGAGAUAAAUUUAAUAAUAAUAAAAAAAAAGAAAGCCACAGGCCUGUAAAUUUUAUUUGUAAAAAGCAUUUCUAUUUUUAUACAAAAUUUUUACUGCCUCAGAAAUAAUGGAAUUUAUUUAUUGCCUAUUGUUAACUUAUUGGAUAACUAAAGAGCAGCUCUCUAUGCUAGCUAGAUCCUUUGAAGUAGUCUCUAGAGUAAUUGUGCCAAGAAUGGGCGCUUUUUCACUGUUGAACCCUACCCCCUUUACAGUUCAUGCUUUUAUCCUCUUGUUUGUAUUUGUCUGGUUAUUUUGUUCAUAGUUUCCAUUACGUAGUUUAAAGUUCGGUUGUCUGACCUUCCCCGCCUCCUCCCCGUACCUUUCUGUUACAUUUGUAGAAACUGGUUCUUUCCUCUCUUUUCUCCCCAAAGAGGAAUCCAUUCUCUCUGACUCCUUUCAGAUGGAUUCUUUUGGGGUUCCAUUGUGCUCUUGUUGACAAGUAUUGUAAGUUAAUGCAAAUUAUGUGAACGGCUCAUAGACUCUACUGAUAAAAGAUUUGCAUUAGUUUUCUCCUGCACCCAUAAAAGUGAUUUUGUUUGUGCUGCAUAGAUUCUGUGUAACUUUUUUUCCUCUUCCUUGUUUUUUCCCUAGACAUCUCCAUGCCCGUUAGCCCAUCGUUUGCCUAGCAUGUCCCUGUGGCGUCUCAAAAAAAAAACCAGUUUCAUCGUCCCGUCAUUGUUUCUGAUGUCUUUCUGACCUCACAUCAUAUUUGGUUCUCCUACUGACCUUUGAUCUAGUUUGACCUUUGAAAUUUGCAUGUGACCUCAUCUAGCUAUGAAUUCUGGGAAGUCAAUGUGAAAAAACAUUGCUGCAUUCAUGCAAGACUGAAAUUUAUUAUUAGAUAAAUUAAUGAUAGGAUUUAAAAACAACCUGUGGCAAAAUGUUUUUUUCUUUCUUUCCUUUUUUUUUUUUUUCAUUUCUCUUUUUUUCCUUUGGGUUUUUUCCUUUGGGUUUUUUGUUUUCUUUUGGGUUUUUUUUUCUGUUUUGGGUUUUUUUUCUUUUUCAUUUAGUAAAAAAAAAAAAUAAAAAAAAACAGACUUGAAAGUGUUAUACAGGGAUUGGCAUUCUGCCUGGUCACUGGUGACAAUAGCAAUAUGUGUCCAGAGGCACAGAAUGUUGGUUUCUAACAGACUACUUCCAAAACAGUUUGAGAAAUAAAACUGUCUGAUUUUAAGUCUCUAGAGGUCUGUAAUAGUUUUUACAUUUUUCAGGCAGUGUAAAGUUUUUUGAUAAGGCCAUUUUAGGUGGCUCACUUUCUCAUUAAAGUAUAUAUAUAGAACCACUUUUUGUAGAUUAGUAUAAGAAAAUAUUUACCCUGUUUUAGGGCAAAUGCUACCUACUUGUGUCACCUUUUGCUGAACUGACUCACAGUUAGACAAUCCAUGGUUUAAUGCACAUGAAAUUACCUAUAUUUUAUACUGUUUCAAUGUACAGAAGAAAGGUUACUGUAAAAUGUGUUACGUUGGUGCUUCUGUGAAUUAAGUUGUGGUUUCAUCAUGAGUCUUAUGGUCUUAAGUGUUCUAUGUUUAUAAAAGACGAGUUUAAAAUUGGUUUACUUGAACAACAAGAACAAAAACAAGAUUCAAAAAAAAAAACAAAAAAACAACAAAAAAAAAGAUGUUUGCUAAAAAAAAAAAAAAAAAGAAUUUCAUGUGAAAAAUGAAAAAAUAUUCCAGAAUAAGUUUGUGUUGGCUUGUGACGCAUUGAUGUCAUUUUUUUAUCGUGAACAAUUUAGAUGUGUUUGUGUUCAGCAAAAUGUGAUCGGUUUUUCUUUUAAAGAAAAAAAAAAUCAGUGAAACUAUAGUGCCAAAUUCCAAAGGUACUUUCUUCCUAGAGCUUCAGUGUGUUUCUUGUGUGAAGUAAUUUGAUAACAUGGGUAUUUUAUUAUGUGUUUUGUAUAAAUCCCUAAUAUUUAAAGAAACAAAAGAGGUUAAAAAGUUUGUUAACUUGCUAUCCUGUGGUCUUGUUGCCUGAAAUUGUUAUUGUUUGUUAUUUCUCUUUGAUGUUUUUUGUAAAACAUUGUAUAAGUGCCCAUGUUUCACUUUUUUAACCACUCUGCACACAUCAAUGCUGUGAAAGCAAACCUCACUAUGUAUUUUCUUCAUAUUGUAUGGAAACCUCUAAGGUGAGAAAGUUUUGAACUUUUAACCCUUUCCACCCAGAGCUGUCUUGAGUGUUAAUACCUUUUAUACAUUCACCAUUUUGCUGUUUAUUUUUAUAUAUAUAUCUAUAUCUAUAAAUAUAUAUAUACUUAGUUUUUUGUGGUUUAUUUAAUACAUGGUUGAAAUCAGAACAAUGCACAGGGCAGAUCUGAAGGACAAAAAAUAUUUUACUGCUGUCUAAAUUUCUUCUGUAUCUAUAACUAAAAUUAUUUAAAACAGUAAUUAACUUGUGGUUUUCCUUUUUAGAUUUUGGGGAUUUUGUCUUUUCUUAAAAGAGCUUUUAAUAUGCUGCUGGAAUAUGCUAUUCAGUAUUAAUAAAAGAAAAGAAAAAGAAACAAUUCUUUAAUUAUCUAUUGUGUGAGCCACUCCCAGACAGGAGCGGUAAAUCCACCAUUUGAAAACCUUGAGGAGAAAAAAGAAAAUAAAAUCAUAUUUUUGUAAUUUAAAUAAAUGAACUUUUGCUUAAAUCAGAUGCACUAGAUCUUCCUGGGUGAAAAUUCAGUGUGCACUGCAGUUAAACUACUUUUUAUGGAUAAAGUUUACAUACACUGUAAUGUUUGGUGUUAUCUGGCAUUCUUUGUAAUGGCAAUAUAUUGGCUUACUCCUGCAGACACUCAUAUAGAGAGGAGUAACUUUACUCGUACAAGUAGUCCAUGGGAAUAUAUAUGUGAUUGAUGUGGGUGUUUGCUGGAGGAAGCUCUGUGUAAGGAACCAGAAAAGAGAUGCUGGUAGCCCUUUUUACUGCCUUGUACGUCUGAUUAGAUUGCAUUUCUACUGCACAAGUAGUGGCCAACAACCAAAUUGGGUUCUUUACUACCGGUAUAGACAAUUCAUUGCCAAUCCAAUGUGUGUGAGCAGCAGUACUUGCUACUGAUGAUAAAGUGCCAUACCUUCUUCCACUUCCUAUUUCUAUCCAAUUAUAUUUGAAGCCACCUAAAAUUAAAAACAAAGCCCUAUAUGAAUGACAUCAGCUGAUGCACUCUUGUCUCUCAUCCCCAACUUAAAUGCUUCUUUAUGUAGAGCCCUGGGAUGGAAAGGACUAGCCUCUAGUGAUGCAAAAAAGUUUCCUUCUUAUAGCACAUGCACUUAUAAAUAAAUGAUCUAUACUUUUCUCACAUAUUUUUACUACUGCUGGGGCCUUCCUACACCCUUUGAGGGCUAUUUUGUACUACUUGCAGCAAUUUUGCAUAU